ACUGUGUUUCAAAAUAUUUGCAAGUGCUAAAAAUGACCAAUGGGAGACUGCCUAUUUCUAUAGUCAGCACUGGCUCCUGCUUGUCCUGGAGGGAGGUGCAGGCUGAUGAACCAGAAGAGAAAGUUCUGCUCUUUGGAUGCUCAAAUGUAUCCAGAGUGUUGUUACAGAACUAUAUACCUCCAACUGGGGUCAGUGCUGUCUUUGAUUACUGGCUUCAGCUCAGGCUGUCAUGGUGGAAGAAGUUUUCCAGACACCCAGCCAAUUUUUCAGUGACAUCCAGCAGCAGUGGUGAGUCGGGAGAUUGUCUAGCAAGCACAGAUGCAAGUAAAUCAAACAGUCAAUCUCCUUACAAAAUGUAUAUAACAUAUGACUUUCCAUGGGGCCCGGAACCAGUAGAGGAAGUCACAAACUUGGGAGACAAGCUCCUAGCAAAAUUACACAAAGAUGGUGACCAGAGUUACAAGGGCAAAACUGCAGGAAACAAGAGUUGUCUACCUCACUGUAUUGAAUGCAGCAGCAACAUCGAAGCAGCAACUGCAGCCUGGCUGAUCGACAGCUUUCACGAGAGACGGUCGUUUUCUGAAGCUAGAAAACAGGAGAGUCUCAGAACAAGCUCUGUUUUACAGCUCCAUCCUCACAUAGCUCCUUAUCAGGUUGCCAUCGUCAUGUCUUUACCAGCAGCAUCAUCAGCUUCACCUGUAUCAUCUCUAGAGAUGCGUCACAUCUGUGAUCAGCUGGAGAAAGACUUUCAGGAGGCGGGCAUUUCUGUAUUUAAUAUGUCGCUUCAUGGCAGUACUGUGGAGGCACAUUUGAAGAGAAAUGACCAGCUAGGUAUACCAUACACAGUUAUAGUCACAGACAUAACAGUGGUGGAUGGUGUCGUCAAGACCAGGCAUCGAGAUACUGGCAUCCAGUCUGAAUCCCACAUCUCAAGCACAGUUGACAACCUGAGUCGGAAUCUCCGGGCAAAACUAGAAGUAACUGAGUAG